AUGGGUUCAAGAACUGCUUACGAAAGUGCAACUAGCGGUGAUGGAUCGACGGGACGGGCUUCAGGCUCAGCGCGGAACAAUUCUAAAAUUGAUUCAGGAUCUGAUGAUGAUGAAUCUGAUGCUCUUUUGGCUGAAAAAAGAAGGAAUAAAGGUUCUGGGAAAGCGGUUUCGAAGAGGGGUCGCAAUCCUGAAAGGACUCCGCUGUUAUCUGGGAGGAGUCAAAGAUCUCUGCAUGGAGGGUCUGCUGAUAACACGAGCGAUAAUUUUAGAUGUUCUACAAGUUCAGAAGACGAAGAGAACGCUAUAUUUUCUUAUGAAAAAUACGGUUCGUUCGGCGGUGAAGAAUUUAAGACUGCUGUAACUGAAGCAGCACGAGCGAUUCAUAAAGGGAUUUUUCCAGAGCGAAUUCGUCAGGGCUCCUCUGGAUCGUAUUUUGUUCUCAACUGCAAAAAGGAAAAGGUGGGCGUAUUUAAACCAAAAAACGAAGAACCAUAUGGCCAUUUGAAUCCUAAGUGGGUUAAGUGGAUACAUCGUAUAUUUUUUCCUUGCUGCUUUGGACGCUCAUGUUUAUUACCGAAUCAGAGUGGUCUUGGUCAUCCUUAA